AACACAAUGUGAAAUAGAUGUCAGAUUAGUAUUUCCUGUCCGGGUUUUAGGGAAGAGCGCUUGGUCAGAAUAGUUCGUCUCGAUUUCCCGUGAAAAUGGCUACGAUCAACGCCAGUGUAUUCGCUCUGGCAAUCUUAACUUGUCUUGUUUCUGAGGUUUUGGGAAACGGCUUGAACAGCAGCUCAAAUCAUUCCGCGCAAUCUUUUCCUGGUGUAUUUUACGUCAGCUCAAACAGGCUGGGAUGCGUGAUGGUCAAAAGCCAAGAGCCUUGUCCGGCAACUUCACUUAGCCCUGAUCUUGCCAUUGACUAUGAAACAGACACGGAGAUGGUAAACAUAUCUUUGGACGAAGCAAGAAUGGCGAACGCUAGCGCAGAGUGUAUUUCAGCAUUGACAACAACAUACUGUUCGAAAUUAACACCUCGUUGCUAUCCAAAUGGCAGUAAAGGUUAUGGCGAUGCGCGCAAGGCAUGUAUAAAAGCGAGGAGAGAGUGUCCGCAAGACAGUUUGGAAACACCGUGCGAAACCCUCGAAGUUGGUUUACAGCCGUUAAGUCGUUGUGUUAAACCAUCGAAAGCUAUCAAUGGCAGUUGUCCACAACCGAAGUACAAGAUGCCAGAAGACAAACUGGAAUUGUAUAUCAGAUCCUCUGUGGAAUAUGAACGUUCAGGAUAUUUUUCCAAUCUCUCUACAGCGAUUUAUUCCAAUGGCAGCAAGAUGUUCUCGUCUGAAUGCGUCUCAAAAAUAAUCGAGCUAUACUGCUUGCCAUUCUACUGUUCCCCAGACGAGAAACAAAUUAUUGUUGAAUACACCUUAGAGGAAUGUGAACUAAUUCUCUCUGACUGUUUUGAUAAAGUGAUUGAUAACCUGUAUGAGGGCUACUUGAAGGAAACACUCCUGGAAAUUCAGGAGGACUAUGUUGACAACUGCGUGUUCUAUCCAGACGUCAUUGAACCAACAGAAGAGACUGGAACCACUCCGACCACCGCAGCACCUUCAUUCCAAAACAUGUCAUCAACACCUUCUGUAAAAAAUGCAACCACAACCCCCCAGCAGGAAAUAUCAUCAAUUAUGCCGAAUGCAAAUAUAUCAUCCACUCCCCCUGGUCAGAAUAUAUCUACCCCUCCGGGUACUAUGUCAUCGCAUCCUGAAGACACGGAAACACCCACCCCCUCCGAAAAAACUAAAAAAGUUACUAAACUUUUUAUCCCCCCGUCCUCCACAACUGCUGGCAAUGAACACUGCCAGUAUUUUCCUUCCAUGUUGCUACUCGCUUUUCUUGUUGCUUUUAAUAUCAUAAAUAAGUCAUUUUAAAUCUUGAAUUGAACACUGUUAU